AGGCAAGGAGAACCCCGCGAAGCGAGAGAGAAGAGCGAGAGGGAGAGGGAGGGAAAGAGAGAGAUAGGGAGGGGAGGGGAGGGAGCUCGCCAAUGGCGGUUAGGGUUUCGCCUCCAGCCUCCUCCCGCUGCUAGCCGCGGUGCGAGUCGAGAAGCUGCCGCACCGCCCCACUCGUCGAAACGCGCGCGGGGUCUCCAGCGAUGGGGGAGAAGCCGGGCCAGGGCAGGAAGGAGGCGUGGCAGGGCGAGUCGCUGCGCACGCGCAUGAAGCGUGUCAAAGUGUACCGGUUGGAAGAUAAUGGGAAGUGGGAUGACCAGGGAACGGGUCAUGUAACCAUUGACUAUAUAGAGGGGUCAAAAGAUCUCGCUCUCGCUGUCGUGGAUGAAGAGGAUAAUGACACUCUGCUGCUUCACAACAUUACACCUGAUGAUAUCUACAGGAAACAAGAAGAAACAAUCAUCUCAUGGAGGGAUCCUGAAAAGGCACUAGAAUUAGCAUUGAGCUUUCAAGAAGCCGAAUCAUGCUCAUUCAUAUGGGAGAAUAUGUGUACCAUACAGCUUGAACUACAAUCUAAAAUCCUUGGCUCUCAUGAAGUUCGUCCACAACGAGCAGUGAAAUCUCUAGAAGCUCCAAGAGAUUCGCUUUCGCGUGGUAAAUCCUUAGCAUUUGAACUUCCUCCUCUUGAAUUGUCCAGUCUCUCUGUUAUUUUAAAGACUAUACUGCUAUGUGAUGUGACGCAGCAGACACGUCUCGCAGAUUUAAUACUGAAAGAUCGUGAUUUUUUCCCCAAGAUAGUGGACCUUUUCAGAACAUGCAAGGGUUUAGGGGACAUGGAUGGUCUCCACAAGAUCUUCAGAUUAGUCAAGGCAAUCAUAUUAUUGAACAGUGCUGCUAUAUUUGACAAGAUUUUCUCCGAUGAUUUUAUUCUUGACAUAAUUGGUGUCCUUGAAUACGAUCCAGAGGUUCGUAAUGUGCAAAAUCAUAGUGCUUUCCUGAAGGAGCAUGCAGUUUUCAAGGAGGCCAUACCCAUUAGAAAUGCUUCUGUGGUUUCAAAGAUUCAUCAAACAUACAGAAUAUGCUAUAUAAAGGAUGUUAUAUUACAGAAAGGACUGGAUGAAGCUACUCUGGCAAGCCUUAACGCAAUUAUUAAUGCGAACUAUGCUUUUGUUGUUUGUCUACUGAAGGAUGACACUUCUUUUAUGCAAAGACUGUUUGCUACUAUGAGGUCUUCAAAUAUUUCCGCUGAAUCAAAAAGAGAACUGGUCUUGUUUCUGCGUGAGUUUUGUACUGUCAGCUCAAGUCUGCAGCCUGCUCAACGAAUGCAACUAUCUAGGGAUCUAGCAGGUCGAGGUGUCUUUGAUAUAAUUUCUGAUGUGCUGCGGAGUCAGGAAAAAGUGCUUGUCUCAGCUGGGACAGACAUCCUACAUUAUCUUACUCAAGAUCCUAACUUACUGAGAUCAUAUAUUGCAAACCACGAGGAAAGUUCUAGAGAAGGCAUUUCUCUUCUUGGGCUUCUGAUUGAAGGCAUUGCAACUGACUUCGGUGGCGAAAUGCUCUGCCAGUUUCUGGAAAUUCUAAAGGUGCUGCUGGAUGGAUGUACUGCGGAUACGGUUACACAAUGUAGAGACUUCAUCGAGUUAUUUUAUGAGAAGUGUUUUGAUAAGUUGAUCAAUAUAAUAGAAUCGUCAAGAGUUGAAGAAUAUUCUGCGAAGCUUGAAAUAUUGUAUAACAUUUGUGAGCUCUUAUGCUUUUGUGCACGUCAUCACCCCUACAAGAUCAAGAUCACCUUUUUUGGAAGCAAUUCAAUGGAGAAGAUCCUUACUCUAACCCGUCGAAGAGAGAGGUCUUUGGUUGUGGCAGCUGUCCGAAUCAUGCGUACUAUUAUUGGUGCUGGCAGAAAUGACGAGCUUCUAAUUAGCCAUGUCAUUGAAUUCAACACGUUGAAACCAAUUAUUGAAGUAUUUGUUGAAAAUGGGAAUAGAUACAACAUGCUACACUCCACGGUCCUCGAACUGUUGGACUUCAUAAGAAAGGAAAAUCUAAAAUCCCUCGUCCUAUAUGUUGUUGAGUCUUUUUGGGAUCAACUUUUGAUGUUUGAACAACUGGCAAGCAUUCAGGCCUUCAAACUCAAGUAUCAAGAGUACGUGGAUAUUGCUGAGGAAACGCAAACUACUAGUGUGGAUCAUACGAGAAAGGCAGAUGAAAGAGGUCUUGAUAAGGAAGAGGAAGAUUAUUUCAGUAAAGACAGCAAUGAAGAAGAUUCUGCUGCACAGACCAGACAUGCACAUCAACAAUGCCUGGUUAAGCCAGCUAAUGGAAGUGAAAUCCAUCACAUCCCUGCAAGGCCUAAAUCUGGUGGUCUUGUGGAUAAUGGCUCCGACAAAGAUUAUAAGCCAUCUCCCAAGCGACCCGUAAAAGCCGAUGAAGCCUUAAAUAUACCCAUGGAGAGCCGUAGCUCAUUGGACAGCAAAGAUGCAGAUGGGAAUAUUCUAAAGAAGCCCAAGCUACAGUCACCACUCUCACCUGCUUCAAGCAUAAAAAAUUCUGACGGCAACGAUGAUGUAGGGAAGGCAAGCCCAGCCUCUCGAGAUCAACAACAACAUGCCCCGGAAAGCCUGGAUUCUGGCCAUCAAACUGGAGACGACUGUAUGAAAGAUGCUGAGGAUACAACAGAAACAACCGACUCUGAGCCUUCUACAGCAGGAUGAGUUGUUUUUCUCCAUCAAUUGGCCUCAACCCGGUCUUUCCUUGCAGCUAGAAGGAUAAGGAAUCACGUUUGGCUCCAAAGAAGGCUAGAUCCAUAAUAUGCUGAACUUCAAGCCCGCAAGCUUGACUGGAAGUGAGAAAGCUUUGGGCACAGCCAUAUAUAUCUUGGAUGUGAUAUCGACUGAACGUGUGAAAUUGAUCUUCAGGAAUAGAUCCUGAAGCUGAGAAUGAGCGCAGCUUUCGUCACGGCAACAUAGGAAUUUUUGGUUGCAUUAGUCUAAGUAUGGACAAUAUGACAUUUCGCAAGGGCACGGAAUGUGCCCUUUGCUAGAAGCUUCCACCGAUGUGGAAUGAAAGGCAGAGGAGCUGUUAUCUUGUAAAACUGCCGGUAGAGAUUAGAAUGGUUCACAACAGCUUGCUCUAUUUUGCAAGUCCAAAUUAAUGGUAGUCUAGCAAUCUAGUUUCUGGUAGUACGGUGUCUAUGUAACACGGGCUGUGCGCUGUGCAUACGUUGUUUCCUGGUUUGCCACUCUGGUGCUCUCAUUUUUUUUUCGAAAAGGAGGUUAUCCCCCGGCC